AUCAUUGGGCAAAGGGAGUUUGGUCAGUGAUAAUAGGGCUCCUUGGUCUGGAGACAGAAGUAUUUUUCCAGACAUUAGAUAGCUGACUCUGUCCAGCUGGAAGGUGCUGUUUUGAAACUAAAACCCACACUGUCCAGACGAGCUGGUGUGCCGCGUUCUCCCAGAUAUCCUUUUUUUUCACUUGACAAAGGAAAAAAAAAGGCGAACCACAGGUCCUGAGGAUAAACUGAGGAUGGAGGUCAGGUACAAUCAAGAGACGGAAGGGAUGGUGCUGAAGAAUGGACUAAAGGAGGGAAAGGAUGGCAAGGACUCCCAAGGCAGCUUGUCCAAAAGCUUCCUCAAGGAGCAGCAGGACUCCUUUUCCUCCUCUGGGACUCUGGACAACUGCGAGAAGAACAGAGGGAGCACAGGGGACCCAGACUACUGCCGUAGAAUCCUAGUCCGAGAUGCUAAAGGCUCCAUUCGUGAGAUUAUUCUGCCGAAGGGUUUGGAUUUGGACCGGCCCAAAAGAACCCGCACCUCCUUUACUGCAGAACAGCUCUACCGGUUAGAGAUGGAGUUCCAGAGGUGCCAGUACGUGGUCGGGAGGGAACGGACUGAACUGGCCCGCCAGCUCAAUCUGUCUGAAACUCAGGUGAAGGUGUGGUUCCAGAACCGGCGCACUAAGCAGAAGAAGGACCAAGGGAAGGACUCUGAGCUGCGUUCAGUGGUUUCAGAAACAGCAGCAACCUGCAGUGUCCUAAGACUGCUGGAGCAGGGGCGGCUGUUGACACCUCCGGGCUUGCCAGGCCUUCUACCCCACUGCAGCAGUGGCACUCUGGGCUCUGCCCUGCGCCCUCCCUCCAUGGCCAUGGCCACCAAUGGUAGCAAUAACAGCAACAGCAGUGGUGGAGGCAGCACUGGCACGGCAGGCGGCAGCCCUCCUCUACCCACUGUCACCAGCUCAGGGACAGUGGCAGGCCUGCAGAGCUCAUCUGCAGCACACAGCCUCUUCACCUUCCCCAUGCCCUCCUUACUCAGUGGUGUCGCCACCCGCAUCUCCUCCAAUCCCCUGUCCAUGGCUGGAUCGCUGGCUGGAAACCUGCAGGAACUUUCCGCCCGCUACCUGAGCUCUUCUGCUUUUGAGCCUUACUCGCGGACCAAUGGCAAAGAAUCAAUUGACAAGAAAAUUCUGGAAUGAUGCCCUGUUUUCGCACAGAUGGAUUGUUUCCUCUGGACAUGUUUCAGUUGUUUCCUUGGCUUUCAUUGUCUGUGUUUGGUUUUGCUGAGUCUCUAUCAUCUAUCUGUGUCAAGUUCUGUAGCAGUUCAUGUAUUCCAGUUGCACAUCUGGCACCUUGUACAAGGAAAAACACAAGACCUGUACAACUCAUCUAAAAAUGACAGGGUGGAAAUGGGAGGAUUUGCACAAAAUAAGUAACUAAAGAUGUACAGAAAUUUUGAAUCAGAAAUCACUUUGAGGUGAUCAAUGAGGGAUCUUUCAGGUUUCUGAUGAUAAAAUCUCUGGUUAUAUCUGUUGGUCAAUUAUAAUCAUUUAGACAGGGUCCUAGAGAACAUAGCUGCUUCAUGCCGCAAAAUCUCUGCAAGGGGAAGUUGCAUUUGGUUUACAGCAAGGGAUAUAGGAUUGGUGACAGAAAGUGUGAAGUGAUUGUACCUUAUUGAAUUUAGUUUCAUUAUUUGAUUGUGUUGGGUAGUUGCAUGUCACCACAGUGAGUACAUAAAGAGGAAAGCAGCAGCAGAUUGGAAGACCCUGUCAGCAAAUCAGAAUGUUUAAAAUUUGAAAUGCAUCAUUACUUUUUUCAACAAAGAAUUGGGGAAGAAAAUUGCCUGUGUUUGAAGGUCACUGUCAGAGUGAAACCCAGUGCAUUGCACAUGCAAAUACAAUUUGCUUACGCAGAUACCUCUUACAAAUAUUGAUCUUACAAAAAGGAUCAUUUGUACAUCCAUUUGUAUUAAAUUUGGACCAAACCAAAACAUAAUCCAGAAAAGGUGUUGUCAUACAGUAUGAUGGCUCAAUUGUUGAGUCUUGUUUUCUCUGUGGUUUGGAGAAGAUUUUUUUUACAUUUUACAACAAAACUUCACUUUGUGGCAAUUUCUCUGUCAGCUGCGGCACCUGACUUUUUCGUUGCGUCUGUGAUUUUAAUAACACUGGAAGUUCUCAGAGUUUCGGUGUACAGUUUGAUUUCAUGUGGAAGCUAAUUCCAGGAAUGAGUUGCUGAAAGGGGGAGUCCUAAAAAAGGCUUUUCAGCAUCAGUAAGCUGCUUGCUUUGUUGAACACUACAAGGUUUUUCAUUCAUUGAGGCUAUAGUAACAUUUCCUCUCUGUGUGAAAUUUUCAGAAUUCACAGCUUUCAUGGGAAGAUUUACGCAGAUCGAUGCAUGUAAAGACUGAAUGGAAUUAUUGGAGUAUAAAAAGGCCUGGAAAUGAGAAUGAGUUAUUUUAUUGUAAAUUAUUCAAUUCUGUAAUUAAUAGACUAUUAGUAUCUGGGAAAUAAUGAAUGAUGUAUUUGCAGGGUUGAGGAAUCAAUCAAAAAGUCUUUAGUGCUGUCUUUGUGAAAAAUCUUGAAAUUUGUGAAACGUGUGGUACAAAUGUGCAUACAUAUUAUGUAUAUGGAUACAAUCAAAAUGUGAUUUUCCUUUUUCUUUCAAACAUGUUGCUAUGAAUUGAGUUAUGAUAAAUUUCAUGACUGUUAUACCUCCAUGUUUUUUACCCUAUUUUUGGUAAUAUGACCUUCUAAUGUUAUCUUUCAUCCUUUGAUUACAGUGGAACAAUAUGUAGAGCUGGUGGUUUACAUUCAAACUUGUCUUAUGAUGGUAAGAUUAUAACAUGGGGCAAGAGGUUGUAAAAAAAUUAGAGAAAUUCAAAAACUUUUAAAUCAGUUAAAUCAGGACUCCAAUGUCGAUCAUCAAUAAUUUUGCCAUUUACUUUAUUUAUUAAUACACAAUGUAUGAAAUUAGUGAAAAAUGGCAUGACUGUCCUGAUUCCCAAAACUCCAAGCUGAUGACAUCAAUGUCUUGUUUUCCUAUGACCAACUGCCCAGAACCCAGGGAUAUCAUAGUUAAAAUGAUCUAAAUACAGAAGGCAGGAAAUUCCCACAUUGAAAUCUAUAGAAUCUGAGAAUGAAAACAAGUUCUUUGUCAAUUAAUUUUUUUUAUAAGCUCAAUAUUUGAUGUUUGUAUGAAAGGGUUUUAUUAUUGUGACUAAGGGGAAACUAGUAAAACAUCCAAAGGUCAAAUAAAAGAGUAGCCAAAUUGCCCCUUCUCAUAUAGAGAAAAGUGCUUCAUAUAGAUGCUCUGUAUGAAUGGGCUGUGAACUUCAGGAGCAACACUGAGUUUUGCUUCUCCAGCAGGCGGGCCCAAGUUUUUAAUAAGUGAUCAACACAUCGUUCGGUCUUAACCAGAGAAAGGCUGUCACCUCUAAGAGCUGAGCACAACCUUGAUCUUGUUUGUUUUGAGGGUUAAAAAAUGAUUUAGAGUGAAUACUCAUAUUAAAACAAACUAGAAUUGAACAACAAUAUAGGGAAGAAUAGUGUUUCCUCUAGUAAGAACCAUCUAUAAUAAAGAGCUCUGUCACUGAAACUAAAUCAUUUUCUGUUUGGACAGUCAUUAUCAAAAAAUAUAUGUUGUAUCAGGAUAUCAAAUGUUCAAGGUUUGAGUUUUUAACAACAUCUAACAAUCAAUCAUUGAUCUCGAGCUCCACUGGUGAAGACAAAGACGUGUGGUGAAAAACUUUAGAAAAAGUUAAUUAUAUUUAGAAUUUUAAACUACUGUUUCCAAAGUUAGCCCAAUUGUCUCGUGUGGAAUUCACACGGUUUUAGUUUUGUUUGUAGUGGGAGUAAAUAAACUUUCAUUGUACCUCCCACUACUGAACCCAAACCUAUGCCCUUAGACGCAGUGACAUUAGCUUACUGUUCACACUUAAUCUGUGCACUUAAUAGGAGUUGAGUCUGCAAGUGGACGAAAGGUCCUGGAUGAUCCUGCUGUAUGGUGACCAAGGUAUGCAGCAACACAGCUUUACUGAUUAUCCAUCAAAAAGAGAAAAACAUCUUUCCAUGACACCAUGAAAAGAGUCAGGUCAUCUGUUUUGUUUUUUUAAGUGUCUUAAAUAAAAGCUGGAAAACACAUUUAAGAGCAUUAUCAAAUCAUAAAUCCAGAGCAACUGUAUUCAAAGGAGUAGCAGAGGAUAUACACCACAAGCCCCUGUUCUGCACUGUGGCGUGCGUCCGCUGUUGCCAGUUGUGAGAAGUGAUGAUAUAAAUGUAAUCAAGUAGUGUACCUGUACCUGUAUCUGUACAUAUUUCCAAUGAAUGAUAUUUUCCACUUAUACAAUUUGACUUCAGUUAAAAGGAAAUUGU